CGAGAUGCAUCUCCAAGACCCCAGUCUCCUCCAGGGAGUCACGCUCUCAACAGAGACGAAGCCGUCUGGUGCUACCUUCGAAGUCCUUAGAAAGUUUCCUCAUACACCCGCACAGUCAUAUUAUACACCAACUAAUAAAAGUCCAGACCCCGCAACAUUAGCCCUGAUUGCUCUCGUCCCCGAAAACACCGCAAGCGACUGCGAAUCUGCGAUAAAGCAAGCCCUCCCCGCCCUAAAGUCGCUCGCAGCCCUCACUCCACGAGUGCGCUCCUUCCUCCUGUCCGGAUGGCACGCUCUUGUCCUCUCGCAUCCACAGAUCUAACCGCAAUUAUGACUGCUGAAAACGGGAAACCCACCCUCGAGGCCCGCGGCGAAAUCUCCCACGCCGCCGAAUUCCUACACUGGUUUGCUGGCGAAGCGCAGCGGAUUAAUGGCUCCGUGAUCCCAUCUGCGUCAGCAGACACGGGCACGCGAGUCAUGACGAUCAACCAACCCGUCGGGCUAGUUGGCAUAUUUAAACCCUGGAACUUCCCCGCCGCAAUGGUGACGCGCAAAGUCGGCGCGGCCCUCGCGGCGGGAUGUCCUGUGAUCCUGAAACCAGCCGCCGAAACGCCGCUGACGGCUAUCGCGCUCGCGAAUCUUGCGCUGCGGGCCGGGUUUCCCGUGGGCUCGUUCUCCGUCAUUACCACCGGUUCGAUGUCGAAUACGGUCGCCGUCGGCGAAGUCCUCAUUACACACCCCAGUAUUCGCAAAUUCUCAUUCACGGGCUCGACGGGCGUAGGUAAGAUGCUUGCGGUGCGGUGUAUGGGGAGCAUGAAGCGAGCGGGGAUUCAUGAUCAGGUUGUGAGGGGGCUUGUGGAGAGGGUAGGGAGGGAUUUGGUUUCGGGGAGGGGGUGUGAGGAGGGGAACACGAUGGGCCCGUUGAUUUCGGCUCGCGCGGCGGAAAAGGUGCGGACUCAUGUGGAGGAUGCGCUUGUGAGGGGCGCAAGGGCUCUCACGGGUGGAAGUGUAGCAAGCAAGUUAGGCGAGUCGUUUUUCGAGCCGACGGUCGUGGUGGACGUACCUGCUGACGCGCUGUGUAUGCGCGAGGAGACAUUUGGGCCGUUGCUUCCCGUCGUGAAAUUCCACGAGGAGAGCGAGGCGGUGGAGCUCACGAAUAGGGUUGUGGUUGGGCUGGCUUGGUACAUCUUUACGGAGAGUAUGUCGCGCACUACGCGGGUGAGCGAGGCUCUUGAGGUUGGCAUGGUUGGGGUCAACACAGGUAAGAUCAGUGACCUGGCGGUGCCGUUCGGUGGAGUCAAAGAGAGUGGGCUCGGCCGAGAGGGCUCCUCGCUGGGCAUCCACGAAUACCUCGAAGUGAAAAGCAUUACCAUCAACACGGCCCCAUAG